AUGGCGAAUAACACCCCUGACAUUAGAGCCGCGCUACAGACUAUCAGUCAAGCGUCCAUUGAGUCGCUCGUACCACAUAUCUUGGAGCUAUGCGAAGCUAAUGCUGCUAUUGCAAAGGCUAUCUCAUCUCUUAGUCAAAAUUUUUGUGGGCAACUCGAAACUCCAGCUAACGAGUUAGCAACGCCAGGAAACACUGACCUUACAAGUUCUCAGGCUCAGGCUCAGCCUCCAACCAUCUUGAGAGACAAUACUUGGCAGGAUAAGUCACAGGGAAUGCUGCAACAGUACAGGUCUCGCCGUGGCCGACCAGAAAAUGCAAUUGUGAGGCUUGCACAGUACUGGAUUCAGAGAAGACUGGCAGGAACUUGUGUGUUGAAUGUCGUAGAUGAACAAGGGGUAUUAGAUGAUUUACGCAAGGCUGUGGUUUCAAGUACUCCUGCGUUUAUAGCACUAGUAAGAAGUAUCAAGAAAAGAAGGUCCGCUACCAACUCGCGACGCUAG